CCUAAGGCCAGGAAGGCAAAACCAGAGCCAACCAAAGAUAUCUCUUCUUGGUAUAGAAUUCACAGCUGCAGAGCGAGAGAGAGAGAGAGAGAGAGUUUUGGAAACAAUGGGUGUAUUCGGAGAUGGGAAUGGUGGAAGGAGGAGGAGCAGUGAGACGGGCGAGGAGGAAACGACGUCGUUGAGGAAGAGGAACGAGGAGCUGGAGAAGGAGCUGAGGAAGAGCCAGGAGAGGGAGGAGCAGAUGAAGAAGGAUCUGCAGAGGGCGUGGGAGAGGCUCCGUGUCGCCGAGGAGGCGGAGGAGCGCCUCUGCUCCCAGCUCGGCGAGCUGGAGGCCGAGGCCGUCCACGAGGCGCGUGAGUACCAAGCCCGCCUACUCUCUCUCGUCGACCAGCUCUCCCGGGCCCACCACCCCUCCCCUUCUCCUCCUCCUUCCGUUCGUUCUUGAUCACUCAUCUUUGGCUUUUGGCCGGGUGUACAAACAUGUGGAAGAAUUGAAAUUCGAGCCAAUUUUUGUUUAUAUAAUGUUGAAGUCUAUUGUUAAUAUGUUAUGUAAUUUAGUUCAAGA